AUGAGCCUCAAGGCAUAUCCCCCGCAUGUCACUUGCGGUAGUAAGCCUCUGUCAAUCGGAGCUGCCCAAGAGCUGGUCGCAACCUAUCUAAACGAAUCCGAAUCUAACGCGCACCUCCACCCCGAUGCGCUCUUGACAACAUCCGAUGUACAAUAUACCCCAGCCGGUGGCCCCCAAGGAGGAAUCAUUCUGCAUAAUUUGCGGCGAGUCGAAGCUGGACUGAGGGGCGAGGUCCUCAAGCCUGAGGUUCCGGACGUGUCCGAUGAUAUGGUGCUGGACGACAUGAUCGACGACUCGCAAAAGCGCAUGCAGGCUGAGCAAGAGCAACAGGAGGACGGGAUCGAGGUGGGCGAGAUUGGUCAGCGCACAAACGUCAUUGCUGAGGGCGGAGACAUUCCUGAAGUCGUUGAAGAGGUCGGUGGGAAGACAGCUGGGAAAAGCAAGGCCGACAAGGAAGCUCGCAAAAAGGCAAAGAAGGAGCGCGAGCGCCAGCAGAAACUCGAGAAGGAGGCAAAGAGAAAGCAGCACACCGAGGCCUAA